AUUUUAAAUACAAAUAAAUGUUUUUAAAUUUUAUUUUUUUUUAAUAACAAUGUCAAAAUUAAGAAAAAUUGUUGUUGGUAUAUCUGGAGGUGUAGAUAGUGCAGUAGCAGCUUUACUACUAAAAAAGAAAGGUUUUUGUGUGGAAGGUGUGUUUAUGCAGAACUGGGAUAUUGCAGAUGAAAAAGGUCGUUGCUCUGCCAGUGAAGAUUACAAAGAUGCUUCAAUUGUCUGUGACAAAUUAAAUAUAAAAUUGCGCCACGUUAAUUUCGUAAAACAAUAUUGGAAUGAUGUAUUUACAUAUUUGAUAAAAGAGUAUGAAGCAGGUUAUACUCCAAAUCCAGAUAUUUUAUGCAAUAGAAAUAUCAAAUUUAAUUAUUUUUAUGAUUAUGCAACUGAAAUCUUGGGAGCAGAUGCCAUUGCCACUGGCCAUUAUGCUAGAACAAGUUUUGGCCCUUAUUUAGAGAAUUAUGACCCCAAUAAAAAUGUUUCCAUGCAUUUAGCUGCUGAUGAAAAGAAAGAUCAGACUUUUUUUCUGUGCCAAAUAGAACAAAAAGCAUUAAGACAUACCAUGUUUCCUUUGGGUAACCUACAAAAAUCGGAAGUUAAACAAAUUGCAACUGACAACAAUUUGGAAAAAUUUGCUCAAAAAAAAGAAAGUAUGGGAAUUUGUUUUAUAGGAUCUAGAAACUUUCAGGAUUUUAUUCAAGAGUAUAUAGAAGAUAAACCUGGCGAUUUUAUUAACAUUGAUAAUGGAAAAGUGGUAGGGCAGCAUACAGGUAUACACAAAUGGACAGUAGGACAAAGAACUAGGCUUCAAGGGCUUCCAGAAGCAUUCUUUGUAGCUAGAAAAAAUGUGGAAAAUAAUAUAAUUUAUGUUGCCCAAGGUACACAACAUCCAGUACUAUUUACUAAAUUAUUUUACACAUCUCCAGCUCACUGGAUCAACGAUCAACCAGACGUGUUUAAGAAAGACGAAAUUUUGCAUUGUCAUUUCAAAUUUCAACACACCAAACCAUGGAUACCUUGUAAAGUGUUUCAAACAAAUAAUGGGCUUGUUGUUAGUUUGAGUGAAGAAACUAGAGCUAUUACUGCAGGUCAAUAUGCUGUAUUCUGCAAGGAUAAUGAAUGUUUAGGUAGCGCAAAAAUUUUGAAUUCUGGUGUAUCUGAAUAUUUUUCAAAACUUGAUGUAUUUAAAAAUGACUUUGAUAUUCAGAAUACAAGUUUGAAGAGUUGUGAUAAAAUAAAGUUACAUAGUGUAAAUUGAUUUAAAUAAAGUUUUAUUUCAAA